AUGGCAUCCAGUACGUCUUUUAGCCCUGGAUUAAGUGAAGCCGAAGUUUUUUUGGCUUCGCUUCACUCUUCGGAAAGCGGUGAUGAGUACAAGAGCGAUCACUGGGACGUCAACUCUAAAAACUCGCCCAUGGGUAGCGUGAGUAACAAUUACAACAGCAAUCGUAACCACCAAGACGGUAUUUGGAGCGAAAGUACUGCCGGAACACUGAAUUUGACCCCGGAAUCAUUUCAAGAAUUCCCGCUAAAACCGCAGCAACAACAAUUUGACCAGCAAGUAGACCAGGACACAAACAUAGGUCGUGGCAAUGGGGCUUCCUCUUCAAACGGUGCAAACGUUUACAUCAAAACUGAUGAAUCGCCAAGUUUUGCGUUCGAAUCUGGUGAGCUCCAGGAUUUCUUGAAAACUGAAGAUCAGGAGGACCUAGAUUCUUUGACAUUUGGUUCACUCACAGAUUCUGGAAACGGCAAAGUGAUGAAACCCAGACGUGAAAGAGUGUCCCACAACGUCAUCGAAAAGAAGUAUAGAACCAAUAUUAACGACAAGAUCUUGCAACUGAGGGACACAAUUCCAACGCUUCGCUGUGCUGUAAAGCGUGCCACUGGAGAAUCAUUGUCGCAAGAAGACUGUGAGGAGCUGGAUGGAUUGGAGGUAGCCUGCAAACUCAACAAGGCUUCGGUCCUGAUCAAAACUAUUGAAUACAUUCGCCAUCUUGAAAACAAAUGCACUACUUUGAAGUUUGAAAACACAAAACUUAAAUCCGGCCAGGUUUUCACUACUCCCGAAAGUGACAGAAAUGUCUCCAGCAGCGCAAAUGACUUCAUUAUGAACAUGUCCUCAGGUGUGUCGACUCAGCACGGUACACCCUAUGCUGCAGCUUAUCCGGAGAAAAAGGAGUCACCUUCCAGCAAGUAUUUGAUGGCAGGACUUGCUAUGACAAUGGGUGCAUCAUGUUUCGGCGAUGGUAACGAUUUUGACAAUGCAAAGAGCUUAAUGUCCAUGCCUAUAAUGCAUUAUUCCCCGGGCAGCGGUCUCACAUUUUCUAAUGCUAACGGAGUCAUUAGCUUGCCGACAGCAUUUCUUUCUAUUCUUCGAAUUACGAUGUUGCUUGCAACGGGUGUCUACUUUAUCCACCUCCUGACCAACAAGUUAACUGGGGGGAAAGAAAAGACUCAUGAAUUGCCGCUGGUGCCGUUCACGGAUACGGUGAGCUUCACUGACUACUCCCAAAUCUUUGAAACAUUGAAGAAAACCAUGGUCCUCAACCGGCUGAAAUAUCCUGUCAACUCUAUUGAGAGAAUUGAGUCCGAAAUUGUCAACUGUUUUGCCCUCAAAUACUACCGCUUCAAGUUCCCUGUCAAGAUAUGGAGUGAUAAGCAUAUCCUUUCAUCUUGGUCUAAAAUUAAGAAUCAAGUGGAGUUGGCCAAUCAGAGAAGUGGCGGGGCAUUAAAAAAUGGAUUAGAAUGGAGUAUGAUUACAAACGUUGUUACCAGUGCAACAUCAGACACCCUGGGAUGCGAGCAGCUUGAAGAAGCCAUCAUUGAGAAUGGGCCAUUUACGCUGAAGGACUUCAUUCAAUUCGUCAACGAUUCAAUGGUGAAAUAUAGGAGUGAUGCUGUAGUUGUGAGCUUGCUUACUGAGCUAAGCGCCGCUGAAAGUCCUGCAAAUGAAGUCGUCGAAAAGGUAUUUGAAUCCAAGGUCUUCAAUAAUGCAGAUCUACAGACGUCAACCGAAAACCUGACAACCUUGAGCUCUUUAUUCGAACCAACAGAAAGGAAUGUGAACCAUCUGCUAGAAUUGGUAAAACAGAAAAUGAAAUUGGGUAAACCAGCGGGCGACCAAAUACUAGUCCUGUACUCCAGCAUAAUAAGGAACUCACUCUCGAGCGGCCAUGUCAAACAGGCCUGUCUCUGGGCUUCCAAGAUACCACCAAAGCUGAUUGCUUCGGAAAAUACUUCAAUUAUAGGUGUUGCUGCCGCCCUCCUAGUUCUUAAAAACCUGUUCGCAACACCAAUGCUGGAAGAAGUGCAGGAGAAUCGUCUUGAGCUGGAUGCCUUGAUUGGGAAUGUCAGGAUAUGGCUUGGAAAUGAUUCAGACUCCAGCUUGAGCAUAGAUGCACGGGGCAAACUAGUUGAUUUUUGUGUGGAUUCUGCACUGGCGUGCGGAACUAAGCAGCUUGAUGAAGACACAGAUGUGGAAACACAGAGUGAGGAUUUGAGCGAUGAUGAAGAAGUUGGUUCAGAUCUUUGA